GUAAACGAUUAGAAGCCGUUCAGGUUAAUGUUUCCAGUUUCACCAAAACUCUCUGCCUACAUUUUCAUCAAAAUAAUUACAUAUGAAGAAUACUUUUUAUUAGCGUUUGAUCGCAGUACCUUUAGUUUUUAGAUUUUCUGACUAAGGGAAUAUUAUCUCAUACUUUGUAGAUACGUUACAGAUCUGUGAAAGUCUUGCCAUUUGGUUUUGAUUGUUUAGAAAGUUAUUUCGCAAUGCAUCAGGAAGAAACAGACAAUACCAAUAAACCAGAGGAGUUUAUCGGACUGUCUGAUUUCACGAGCUGCGGCAACGAACUGCUGAGUUUCAGAGCUGGUGAAAGACUUGUGGUCCUGACCAAGACAUCAUCUGACUGGUGGUGGGCAGAGCUACGAGGCGUAUGUGGCUACGUUCCCUCAAGUUACCUGCAGCCAAGUGAUCCAGGGAAGGAGGAAGAGGACCCGUGGCAGGAUGAAGAGUACUUUGGCAACUAUGGAACUCUGAGGCUGCACCGGGAAAUGUUGAGUGACAGGCCUAGGACGGAGGCAUACCGCCAGGUGAUCCUGACCAACAGCCCCCACCUCAGGGGGAAGGUGGUCAUGGACCUGGGCUGUGGCACUGGAAUCAUCAGCCUGUUCUGUGCCCGUCUGGCCCAGCCCAAAGCUGUGUUUGCAGUUGAGGCCAGCUCCAUUGCUGAGCACACUAAGACCUUGGUGAGACAGAACGGCUGUGAGGAAGUGGUGACAGUGUUCCAGUGUCGGGCUGAGGAGCUCAGUCUACCAAGCAGAGUAGACGUCCUAGUCUCAGAGUGGAUGGGGAACUGUCUACUGGUACACCGUUUCACUAACGCCUCUGACAAUCUACUGUUUGAGUUUAUGGUGGAGUCUGUGCUGCAGUCGCGAGACCGCUGGCUGAAGGAGGGUGGAAUGAUGUGGCCCUCUGGGGCCACGGUCUGCCUGGUGCCCUGUCAGGCUGGUAGCUACUAUGCAGAGACUAUGUGCUUCUGGGAGCAGCUCUAUGGACUGGACUUCACUGCAUUACAACCACUGGCCCAGAUGGAGUUCUUCUCUAGGCCCAGGUUCAGUCACCUCCUCCAGCCUGAAGACUGCCUGGCAACCCCCUGUGAUGUCAUUAAUCUGGACAUGCUCAGCCUGCAGGUUACAGACCUGGAGGAGCUGAAUGGACAAUUUAUCUUUGCGGUGGAAAAAGCUGGAAUGUUCCAUGGGUUCACUUCCUGGUUUAGAGUUCAGUUCCAAAACCUGGAUAGAGAUGGAACCACAUUGGAGUUAGACACUGGGCCAUAUUCUGAGCCAACCCACUGGAAGCAGACUCUGUUCAUGUUGGACCAUCCCGUCCCUCUGGUUGGUGGCGAGACAGUGUCUGGAAACAUCCUUCUACACCGGAACCCCGUCUGGAGACGUCACAUGACUAUUACCAUCCAAUGGAGCAUCAGCAGCACUGAGGACGCAGAAAACUGCCAGGUCCAAACAAAGAGUUUUCCCAUGUGGAGAUGAUGCCGACCCAGGCUGUCACUUAAGGACGUACAGUCAGACUCUGACACAAGCCUGGGCCUCUGUCACUUAAGGACGUACAGUCAGACUCUGACACAAGCCUGGGCCUCUGUCACUUACGGACGCACAGUCAGACUCUGACACAAGCCUGGGCCUCUGUCACUUACGGACGACAGUCAGACUCUGACACAAGCCUGGGCCUCUGUCACUUACGGACGCACAGUCAGACUCUGACACAAGCCUGGGCCUCUGUCACUUAAGGACGUACAGUCAGACUCUGACACAAGCCUGGGCCUUUGUCAUUUACGGACGACAGUCAGACUCUGACACAAACCUGGGCCUCUGUCACUUACGGACGUACAGUCAGACUCUGACACAAGCCUGGGCCUCUGUCACUUACGGACGACAGUCAGACUCUGACACAAGACUGGGCCUCUAUUUGCUCUGCUUGUCAAGACAAACAUGGUGGCUGCAUUUCAAUUUAUCAAAAUUAGAGAAAGUCCCCUUCACCUGUUUGGUUAAAUUAGAUUUGGAUGUGACAGACAUUGGACAUUAAAGUAAAUACCUUGUGUAUUUAUAUCCAUGGGCUAAACGCUGAUUCACUUCAGUGCUGAAAAUUAAACAACUGUAAUUUUUAAUUGUAUAUUUUGUCCCUUCUAAUAAAAGAGACAAAAUGCUCA